GCUCAUAGCGAGGCGAGGCGUGAGCGAGGGUGGGUGUGUGCGUGUGUGACUCGCUGGCUGGUGUUAGUGAGCAAGCUGGAGCAGUCGAGGUUGCUCACCUGUGGCUCUUGGUCACUACUGUUUGACACACUCCUCCACUAGGAGCCUGUGCUUACUGCUACCAUCAUUCUCAUAUCGAGCCCUACACCUCUUGUGUAACUAGUGUUUACGUCCUGUCAGCUGUUGCGGUGGUGUACUAUAUGCGACCAUCAGCUUUAAGCGGAUCAUACUUCCCUCCGUGCUACGGCAUAUUCGCACACUCCUGCUUUUUUUCCACGUGUGGAUAUUUUUGGUGUAAAAGUGGUGUAAGACGCUGUAAACCGUCAGUUUACCCAGCUGUUGACACGGUGAUAACCUGCCUCCUCCACUCCCACCAACCUCUAGUUGACAAAAAUUCCAUUGUUGCCAUCUUUUAGAAGUGUUGUGUUCUGGGACUAAAGUAGAUCCAGCUGGCCAGGGAUUAUGUACUCCCAUAAAUAACUGUUCUCUACUGUUACGUUAUCUACUGUUACGUUUGUUCUGCAUUUUCGAGACGGUUGAAGAAAAAUACGAAAUAUUAAAGAAACCAGAAAAUGUUUGCAAGCAGAUAUUCCUGUGAUAUUCACCCAUUAUUUUCGUGUGAUUUAUAACAGAAAAGUCAAAGUUGUCGAUGAUUGGCGGAUGCCCGGUAAACUGGGGUGGCAAACUGUGAUCCACCCAUCCGGGGCCAGCGUAAAGUUGCAAGUGUAUGAGAAAAUAAGUUUGUGGCUACGAUAAGGCUUAGUGGUGUGGCGUCCUUGGCUCGUCUCACACUACCUUGAGAACACGUGCAGCAGGAUAGCUGACCAGACGACCAACCAGGAGGCCUGGUCAGAGAGCGGGCCGCGGCGACAUUGAUCCUGGGAACUAUUGCAAGGAUCAAGAUGGGUCGAUACACAGGGAAGAAGUGCCGGUUGUUGACCAUGUUUGGUCUGACAGCUACCUUCUUCUUGGUGGAGCUCAUUGUUGGCUACAUCACAAAUUCUAUGGCACUAGUGGCCGAUAGUUUUCACAUGCUCAGCGAUGUAUUGGCACUCAUCAUUGCAUUCUUAAGUGUCAAGAUGUCGCCUAAGAAAUGGAGUAAAAACACAUUUGGGUGGGCACGAGCGGAGGUGUUGGGUGCCCUGGUGAACAGCGUCUUUCUUCUAGCUCUUUGUUUCUCUAUAUUUGUGGAAUCCUUGAAAAGAUUAUAUGAAACAGAAGAGUUACAUAAUCCCCAAAUGAUCUUGAUUGUUGGUGUAAUUGGAUUGAUUAUUAACUUAAUAGGCCUCGGGCUUUUCCAUGAGCAUGGACAUGGUCACAGCCACGGUGGCCACGGUCACAGUCAUGGCAGUCCGGAAAAUAAGUUGUCUACCAUCAAUGCUCUGGUGGCCACAGACGACAAUGAAAACGAUGAAAGAUUCACACCUCCCACCUCCCUGUCCAGCCAAGAUAGGCCAGGGGAGGAGGGCAACAAAAGUGCCUCACAAAUGAACAUGAGAGGAGUGUUCCUUCAUGUUCUUUCAGAUGCUAUGGGCUCAGUUGUGGUGAUAAUUAGUGCGCUGGUUGUCUGGCUCACAGAGUGGGAAUACUCAAAGUACAUUGAUCCAGCGUUAUCUUUAUGUUUAGUAACCUUAAUCACUGCCAGCACUUGGCCUCUAUUAAAAGUGUCUGCUCUUAUUCUACUACAGACAGUUCCUACUCACAUACAGGUUGACGGCAUACAGAAACAGCUGUUGAACGUUGAUGGUGUUCUAGCCGUCCAUGAAUUCCAUGUUUGGCAACUGGCAGGAGAGAGAAUCAUUGCCUCUGCUCACAUUAGAUGUCGCAACUUGAAGGACUACAUGGUCCUAGCAGAAAAAAUAAAGAAAAUGUUCCAUGAAGAGGGCAUUCAUUCUACAACUAUACAGCCAGAAUUUGUUGAGUUCGAGGAUGAUGGUGCAUCCGCUUCCAUUGAUUCUGCAGAAGACUGUAUUCUAGAUUGCCCUUCAAAGGAUAAAGAUGGCUGUGUGGCAAACACCUGCUGUGGGCUCGCCAAACAGAUUGAUGGUGUGCCAAAUAUCCCCACAACUUGUCGCCAACGCAACAGCAUUGAAGUUCAAAUUGGUACCCAAGGUGAAAGUUGUGGCGAUAAUGCUAUGGAGGGAGGCUACCUCCUGGUACCUUCUUCAGUAAACCAUAUCUCAUCUGUUUGACAGUGGCCUUCCUCUAGCCAGGAGGACGAGUCUACAGAUGAAUGACAGUGACUGACAGAGACUAGUAGCCUCAACUUAAAAAUAACCAAGACUACUAGCAACAUCCUGAAUGAAGCUAAGGCUAGUAACAAGAACCUGAAUGAAGCUAAGGCUAGUAACAAGAACCUGAAUGAAGCUAAGGCUAGUAACAAGAACCUGAAUGAAGCUAAGGCUAGUAACAAGAACCUGAAUGAAGCUAAGGCUAGUAACAAGAACCUGAAUGAAGCUAAGGCUAGUAACAUGAACCUGAAUGAAGCUAAGACUAGUGACAAGAACCUGAAUGAAGCUAAGGCUAGUAACAAGAACCUGAAUGAAGCUAAGGCUAGUAACAUGAACCUGAAUGAAGCUAAGUCUAGUAACAUGAACCUGAAUGAAGCUAAGACUAGUAACAUGAACCUGAAUGAAGCUAAGACUAGUAACAUGAACCUGAAUGAAGCUAAGACUAGUAACAUGAACCUGAAUGAAGCUAAGACUAGUAACAUGAACCUGAAUGAAGCUAAGACUAGUAACAUGAACCUGAAUGAAGCUAAGACUAGUAACAUGAACCUGAAUGAAGCUAAGACUAGUAACAUGAAUGUGAAUGAAGCUAAGACAAGUAACAACAAC